CUUAUAUAUAAUUAACCCUAACAAUAAUUUCAAAUCCCCACUUCAUAAAUCGAAGAAUUAUUACUUUUUUCUACCCGAAUUCAAUUACUCAGAGAGAGAUAUGGCAAUGGUGGCAGUAAAAAAAAUGAUAGCCAUAUGUCAAUACGGCGGAGAGUUUGACACGAAUGCAGACGGGUCAAUGUCGUAUAGCGGUGGAGAGGCUUAUGCUGUUGACCUUGAUGAUAAUAUGCAGUUAAGUGGUUUUAAGCAAGAGAUUGCAGAAACUAUUGAUUCGACUGUUGAUGGGAUGUUAGUGAAGUAUUUUCUGCCUGGAAAUACGAAGAAUCUUAUUACUGUGUCUAAAGAUAAAGACUUUCAGAGAAUGGUAAAUUACUAUAAAGAAUGUGAUCAAUUGGAGGUGUUUAUAAUGAAAGACGUUCCGCCUGCUAAAACACCUCCCAUGAAGAAGCAGCCUCCUCGUAGACCGCAGAAGAAACCAGCUGAACCAGAAGCGGCGGUUGCAAUUCUGCCGCCUACUGACCUUGAUUCAACUGAUAUGCUCCCUCUUAAUGAAAUCAUUGACAUUGAAACAAACAACGAGAUCGCUCCAAUUGCUUCCGCAAAUCCCAUCUAUCCUUACCCUACACCUAUCACUUGUAAUGAACCACCCAUAGCUGCAAAAAAGUGGGAGAAUCUUAUAACGGGAGUAGGCCAAAGAUUCCGUUCACUAGCUGAAUUCCGAGAGGCCUUAAGGCAUUAUUCAAUUGCUCACGGGUUCAAUUAUGUGUACAAAAAGAAUGAAAAUCAACGGGUAACUGUGAAAUGCAAAUCAGAAGGAUGUCCUUGGCGUAUCCAUGCAUCAAAGUUAUCUACCACCCAAUUAGUUUGUAUUAAAACAAUGAGGCCAACUCAUACCUGUCAAGGUGGUUCAAUAAAACCUGCAUUUCGAGCUACUAGAAGUUUCAUUGGGAGCUUAAUUAAAGAAACAGUCAAAGAUUUUCCAAAGAUUAAGCCAAAAGACAUUGCUAAUGUUCUUAAACGUGAUUAUGGAAUCGAGCUCAAUUAUUCACAAGCAAGACGCGCUAAAGAAUACGCAAGGGAACAGCUUUUAGGAUCUUAUAAAGAUGCAUACAGGGAACUACCAUCCUUUUGUGAAAAAAUAAAGGAGACAAAUCCUGGGAGUAUUGUUACAUUUAGUACCAAGGAGGAUUCAAGUUUUCAUCGGUUUUUUAUUUCUUUUCAUGCCUCGUUGUUGGGUUUUAUUCAAGGUUGCCGGCCUCUUCUUUUUCUUGAUAGCACACCAAUAAAUUCAACAUACCAAGGAAUAUUGUUGACUGCUACUUCAGCAGAUGGUAAUGAUGGUGUGUUCCCAGUAGCGUUUGCUGUUGUUGAUGAAGAAACUGAUGAUAACUGGCGGUGGUUUCUAAGUGAGCUAAAAAAUGCUGUGUCGGGACACACUCAAAUUACAGUUGUGGCAGAUUUUCAAAAGGGUUUAAAGGAAUCUUUACUUGAAAUAUUUGGUAACGAGUGUUGUCAUGCAUAUUGUUUAGGUUAUUUAGCCGAAAAGUUCAAUAAAGAUUUAGCAGGGCAUUUUUCACAUGAUGCUAGACGACUCAUGGUUGAAGAUCUUUAUGCUGCUGCUUAUGCAACAACACAAGAGGGGUUUUGGAAGUAUGCUGAAGAUAUUAAAACCAUUUCACCUGAAGCCUACAAUUGGAUUGUAGAUGCUGAGCCUAAGCAUUGGGCUAAUGUUUUUUUUGAAGGUUUAAGGUACAAUCAUAUGACAUCUGAUUUUGGUCUUCCCUUUUACGUGUGGGUAUCAGAAGCAAGCGAGUUGCCAAUAACUGAAAUGAUUCAUGGUUUGAGGAAGAAAAUGAUGGAGUUGAUGUACACACGUAAAACGGAAUCAAGUCAAUGGUUGACUCGGUUAACACCAUCUAUGGAGGAAAAAUUAAAGAACGAAACUUUUAAAGCGCACUCAGUUCAAGUGUUACGGUCAGAGGGAAGCAAAUCUGAGGUUCGAUUUGGUGAACGUAUUGAUACUGUUGAUAUUGAUAAUUGGGAUUGCACCUGUAAAGAAUGGUUACUUACGGGAUUGCCAUGUUUUCAUGCUAUUGCGGUUUUGGAAUCCUAUGGUAGAAGCGCAUAUGAUAUUUGUGCUGCAUAUUUUCAUACCGAUUACUACCGAUUGGCUUAUGCGGCUCCUAUAAAUCCUGUUUCUGAUGUUGAAGGAUUAAUGGAUACUGAACUUGAUGAUGGUUCAAUUGUUAUUACACCUCCACCCACUAUUAGUACACCUGACAGGACAAAGAUACAGAAAGUUGCAUUUGGUAGGAUUGGACCAGCUGACUUUCUUAAACGUCAACUCCAGUGUGGGAAAUGUAAAGGGCUGGGUCACAAUAAGAGAUCAUGCAAAGAACCAUGAAUAGUUUGCAACAACUUCUCGAAGGUGAUAGAUAGCAUGGUGACAGGGUGAUUGAAAACAAUAAAUUUUGGGUUGACUUUGUUUGGAUUCUUAGCAGAGCUGUCAUGCACUCGUUUUAGCUCACAGUCGGCUGGGAGAUUAAAAAUUGCAUUGUGCCAGUCAGAAUAUACAGCAGUUUUUUUUUUUUUUUUUGCCUUCCAAUUUUCCUGCUAAUUAAAUGUAAAUGUCAAUAGUAAUUCCAUUAGCAGAUCACUUUUUCUUUUCGAGGUAAAGUUUUUUGGCGUAGACUAUAGAUCAGCUUAGUUUUGGUUAUCUCCUAGCCUGUGAAAGUGUGAAGGAGUUAGCUGAUAAGAACUUUUAGAAAUAGCUUUGCGCUCUUGGUGGUCUAGAUACAUUUUUUACAACUUCACAGGGUGUUUCCUCAUUCUUGAAAUUCUUUAAUAAAUAAAACAAAAAUCUUAUUGGUUUUUUA